UGUCUCCAUUAUUCUCCACAAACUACACAAACUCCACAACUCGCUCGGCGUAAUUUUAAUUCGAAUCAAUUUGUUUGUCGCCGCCGCUGCACAGAGUUCAGCCUUUUGCCCAGUGGGCCGCCGAUCCGCUCCACUGUGCACCCACUGCCGCAUUCCACUGUGCGGCCAGGAUACUGGUUUUUUUGUUUGUGUGUCUGUGUGUGUGUGCCUCGUGAAUUUGGAACUCAAUUCCAAAAGGUUAAACGAAGUUAACCGAAAGAUCCUGCAGAUCGAACGGAAGUUAAGGGUAACCCCUAGGAUAAUAGUUGAAUCACAAAUACCCAUGUGUGAACAUUAAAGUGAAAGAUAUAAUUUAAAUUUCAACAAGACAAAGGUCCUUGAAAAAUCUGUUCAGUGAUAACAAAACUAACUGAAAGUUAAAGACAAUUAACCUGCAGUUUAAACAUGGCUAAGAAUUAAGCAAAAAGCUAUCACAAAGUUGUUUAAGAAAGCCAUAACUUGAAUAAACUUGAAAUUAAAUGCUUUAAGGAAGUGAAUAAAAUGUUUACAAAAUAUCAAGAAAAUUAAGAAGUAUUUCAAGAACAUAAGUAUCAUACUAGGUCUCACCCAACCCAAGGUUAACCUAAAAAUGGAUCAGCUGAUCAAACAACUGCAGCUGGCAGCCGCCAGCCAGGCGCAGGUGCAAACUCCGCACUCGCAUCCGCAUCCACAUCCGCAUGCGGCAUCCGCCCUGCAACUUUAUGCGGCAGCAGCCGCCGUCAACCUGCGAGUACCAGGAUGGUCGCCCUUCCUCAGUCUGCCCAUCGAUUCCCAAUCCGCAAAUCCGGCGGAUUCCACGGGAUCCGCAUCCAGUUCGUCUUCCGUCUAUAUGCUCCGCCAGAUGGCGCUAAUGCAACGUGCCAAUGCGGCGGCCGCAGCAGCAGCAAUUCAGCAGCAAAGGGAUCGGAAUCGGAAUUGGGAGCUGGGAGAAAAUCAGGAUCAGCAAACUAUUAAGUUGGAACCACUACCGUCUUUCAAAAAUCAGGACAAUCCAAUGAGGGAACAUGAAAGCUCACGCGGAUAUCCGCACAACAUCCGCGAGGACUCCAGUCUUGAGGAUAAUGACAGCGAGGAGUCAACCUUUAUCAAGGAUGUCCACCACGGCUCGCGGAGCGAAGAAGAACCCAAACCCAAUCUGGAACAGGAUGAGGAUGCAGAAUCCUCGAAGCGAAGACGCUGCAGGACCAACUUCAACUCCUGGCAGCUGGAGGAACUGGAAAGAGCCUUUCUGGGAAGCCACUAUCCUGACAUAUUCAUGCGGGAAGCCCUGGCCAUGAGACUUGAUCUGAAGGAGGGUCGCAUAGCGGUUUGGUUCCAGAACCGUCGUGCCAAGUGGCGUAAAAAGGAUCACACGAAGAAGGGUCCUGGAAGACCGGCGCACAAUGCCCAGCCGCAGAGCUGCAGUGGAGCUCCCAUUCCACUGACGGAACUGCGGGCUAGAGAGCGAGCCCAACGCAGGAAGCGGAUGAAGAAGGCGAUCGACCGGCAGGCGAGAAAGCUGCGUCUCAAAGGCAUCGAAGUGGACCUGGCCCGGCUUAGGGCGGAUUACCUGGCUGCCCACAAGGACAGCUGGGAAGAGGAGGAAGGGCAGGAUCAGGAUCUCGACCUGGAGGAUGUGGGAUGCUAUGGCGAAGACGAUCUGCCCAUCGAUGUGGUGGGCGAGGGCCAGGAGGACGUGACCGGCGACAGUCAGGACAACUCCUUUUGCUCCUCGAGGACCUAUCAGAAGAGCACCAGCAGCGAACUGGAUCCCGAUGAUAUGGGGGUGCCCAUCAAACUGGAAAAGGCCCCUCCACCCACCACGCCCAAAACCCUCUACAGCUCCCCCUUCAGCAUCGAAUCUUUGCUGGGCUCAUAACGAAUAUCAAAUGGCUUAUAUAUACAUGUGAAGUAGGCUUACAAUUUCGGUGGCUAGCUAAGUACUAAGUGCGAAUAUAACCUGUAAACCCAAACUCUUCA